CAUGGUUAAGUGCUGCUGUUAGUGCAGUGGGUAUUUAACUUUCCGUUGAUUUCGCUGUGUUCAGCUGUGGAGCCGCGUUUAAUGGUUCUUCUUUCUAUCCAUCAUCUUCCGCAAUCGCCGCACAAUGGAGGGAAACACAGUGACACACAGAGAUGAAUUCCUUUCCCAGCCAAAUUAACAGAAUCCCACAUUAUAAUUUCUCUCUUGGGAACCUGGUAUAAAAGUCUUAUUCUUUUUCUCCAACUCAAAUUGGGUUUCAAACGAAUCUUCAUUUCCCGCUAACCCAUCUGAUUUCUCUCUUCCUAAAAUCCCCAGUUUCCAUUCAUGGUUGUGGAGCUGCAGUGAUCCGCCAUGGGGUGUGUGAACUCCAAGCAGACGGUGUCCGUGACGCCUGCAUUCGAUCACUCCGGCGCGUUUCGGGACAAUGAAUCUUCGGGUCUGGGGAACUCGGGUCGGAGCCGAAUCGGAUUGGGGGAGGUUGAGAAGAGUGCGAAGCCCAAGGCCAAGACGAAGACCAAGGGUUCGAGCGAGUUCUGUGGGGUUGGGAGCAAGUUGGGUGAGUCGGGGAGAGCGAGUUCAAAUGGAGGAGGGAAUGAAACUUUGAGCUUCAGAUUGGGGAAUUUGCACAAGUAUGUCGAAAGUGAGCAAGUGGCGGCCGGGUGGCCGGCCUGGCUCAGCGCCGUCGCCGGUGAAGCCAUUCAAGGUUGGGUUCCACUCCGGUCCGAUGCCUAUGAAAAGUUGGAGAAGAUUGGACAAGGUACGUAUAGCAGUGUAUUCCGAGCACGUGAACUUGAAACGGGGAGGAUAGUCGCUUUAAAGAAGGUCCGGUUCGACAAUUUUGAGCCUGAAAGUGUUAGAUUCAUGGCACGAGAGAUAAUGAUUCUCCGCAGGCUUGAUCACCCCAACAUCAUCAAGUUGGAGGGCUUAAUCACGUCUCGCUUAUCAUGUAGCAUUUACCUUGUGUUUGAGUACAUGGACCACGACAUUACUGGACUCUUGUCCUGCCCCGACAUUACUUUUAGUGAAUCACAGAUUAAAUGCUACAUGAAACAAUUGUUAUCCGGGCUUGAGCAUUGUCACUCACGUGGUGUAAUGCAUCGGGAUAUUAAAGGAUCUAAUCUUCUAGUCAAUAAUGAAGGGGUAUUGAAGGUGGCUGAUUUUGGAUUGGCAAACUUCUGUAAUUCCGGGCACCGGCAACCUCUAACCAGCCGGGUUGUCACUCUAUGGUAUCGUCCUCCUGAGCUUCUACUGGGCUCAACAGACUAUGGUGCCUCUGUGGAUCUUUGGAGUGUUGGCUGUGUUUUUGCAGAACUCCUAGUUGGGAAGCCUAUCCUUCAAGGAAGAACAGAGGUUGAACAGCUACACAAGAUCUUCAAGCUUUGCGGCUCUCCUCCAGAUGAAUACUGGAAAAAGUCUAAGCUUCCUCAUGCCACUUUGUUCAAACCACAACAUCCUUAUAGUAAUUCUCUACGGCAAACCUUCAAAGAGUUUCCUUCGAUGACUGUGAACCUGUUGGAAACUCUUCUUUCUGUGGAACCAUACAAGCGUGGGGUCGCCUCCACCGCUCUCACAUCUGAGUAUUUCAGUACAAAACCAUAUGCCUGCGAUCCAUCAAGCAUGCCAAUAUAUCCACCUAGCAAAGAGAUUGAUGCAAAACAACGAGAGGAAGCGAGAAGGAAAAAAGGUAGUGGAAGAGUCCGUGGACUAGAUAACAGAAGGUCAACACGAAAGCAUCUUGGAAUCAGUAAAUUGGCACCAGCAGAGAACUUAUCAGUAUCAGCUCGAGAUUUGCACAAAAUUAGUAUCAACGCACAAAAUCUUAAAGAAGAAAAGGUUAUCAAAGGUGGUGAGGAACAAAAGCUGUCAAUUGAUAAGCUGGAAGAGACUAUACAUGUAAAGAAUGCAUCUCAAGGAGACAUUCCCUUCUCUGGCCCCCUUCAAGUUUCUACAUCAAGUGGCUUUGCGUGGGCAAGACGACGAAAAGACGAUGCCUCUAUUAGAUCUCACACCAGAUCAAUCUCACGAGGACACCUAAUGAAUGGGUUAGACCAUUCUGCUACAUUUCAUUCAAGAAACAAGUUGGACUCUAAACUUCAUGAGAAUGGAGACAUGUCAUUCAGCCGCUCGAGUUCCAAGGGUCAUGAAUCAAAUGAGAGAGCCAAGGUUGUGACAUGGAAUCGGAAUCAGUGGAGCAAGUUUGAGCGUCCCGAUUCCUUUGAUGCUUCGGAUGAGUACCACUCACAGGAGCUCGCGGUGGCACUUUAUCUGCGAGAUGAAAUGGACGCUAAGAGGAGUAAUAUGAGUUAUCAGGACCAAGUGGACAAAGUUGAAUAUUCUGGGCCCUUGUUAUCUCAAUCUUGCAGAGUGGAUGAACUUUUAGACCGACACGAGAGGCACAUCAGACAGACAGUUCGAAGAUCAUGGUUUCAAAGAGUUAAGAAUUGAUUAACUAAUCUGUUGGAAAAACUUAGAAGAGUGGGUAUUUGGAGCACUAGAAAGGACCCAGAGAAGAGUUCUCCCCUGGUUCAACAUGACAAUCACUCAAUAAAUCAUUGAUUGCUGAAAAUUUCACAGCAAUAAAUCCAAAACCAAAGAAGUUCAGACAUUGCUGUUCAACACAACAACAGAAAUACACACGACAGAACGCCUGCACGAAGGCACACGCGUUUGGAUGAUCGAUUUCCUUCCAAACAGCCAUUUUUUUUUUCUCUUUCUUCUAUCUAGUUCCUUGAUUAUUUCAUAUCCAAUGUUGUAAUGUAUAGACUAGUACUUAUAGUUGAUGAGAAAGUAUUAUUGUAAAUGUUCCUGAUUCGUAAACAUGGCAGAAGCUUCUCGUACCAUAGCAA